AUGUUCACCGAUUGCCACUUUGCCAACGUGCACCCGGAUGACGAUGGUCCCUUGGCAGCGUGGAGCCUGAUGAAGCUGCCGGACAUCGGCGGGAUGAUCAAGAACAAGAUCAUGAAGCUGAUGGGCGGCGCCAAAUUCGAGCCUUGGCGGGGAUGGCCUGUCCGAGAGGAGGAGGCCAUGGAGUUUGAUCCAAAUGGCGGCUUGCCGGAUGACUCCGAGAGGGAGAUCACGAAAAUCUGCUGCUCCAAGCCAAUGAGAAAAUGCAUCACCAUUGGGGAACCGACGGUGGUUGUGCGGGCCCUGCCCGCCCCGGUCUUCACAUCUCUGCUCCAUGCAGAUCAAGGUCAUGCAGUGCAAAGAUGUCGCUGCGCCCCCACAAGGCGAAGGCUCGGAUGCGGAGGCCGGAGGGAGGCCCAGGAAUUCCUUUGA